AUAUUAUCUUUGUAUGGAUGAGUGGGUCCAAAGACCCUUCGCCACCAUGGCUCUUCAAACCGCGUCUUCUACAGUAAAUAAAGUCUCUGUUAUUCUCCUAGGUUUAUAAACAACUCCACAACCUUGUCACCCUUUCAUUGGCUCCCUUCCCCCAUCAACUAAACAUCUUUUUAAAUUCCAUUUUUCAGUUUGCUACAUUCUUAACAUGCAAAUUUUCAUAUCUUUUUUAUCACUUGCGCAGCUGCUUGGAAGCUUACUUGGUAAUAGUAAUCCCAGCAUUUUGUAUAAAUACCCUUAACUGGAUUACACACAAUCACAUUCAUCAAACCAAUCCAUUUUCUCAAACGACACCAAGAAGAAGAAAAGAAAAACACCACAACGUAUAUGGAAGGAAAGAGUAGCGGCGAUACUCGGGCCGGCUUAUCUUCGAGCUAUAGGGGCGUUCGCAAGAGGAAAUGGGGGAAAUGGGUGUCGGAAAUUCGUGAGCCUGGAAAAAAAACAAGAAUCUGGUUAGGGAGCUUCGAGACACCUGAAAUGGCAGCCGCAGCUUACGACGUUGCUGCGUUACACUUCAGGGGACGGGAUGCACGUCUUAACUUCCCUGAAAUGGUCAACUGUCUCCCGAGGCCGGCAAGUUCCAAUGCUGAUGAUAUCCGAAUGGCAGCUCAGGAGGCAGCUUUGAUAGUGAGGUCUAAUGCGACACAGCCCGACGUAGGCAGCUCCAGUGCCGGCGUGGUGCCUGUGACAGUCAGGCUGACGCAGAGUCAGAUUCAGGCCAUCAAUGAGUCCCCUCUCGACUCUCCCAAGAUGUGGAUGCAAAUGUCGGAGGCAUUGAUGAUGGAUGAUAUGAUGUUGCCCAAUGAAAAUGAGGAGAAUGAUCAGUGGGAUGAUAUGCAAAGCGAUUCCCUUUGGGAUCCUUAGGUAAUGUUUGUUUACUAUUUAGGUAACUAAUACCAACCAUGGUUUUACCCUAAUAACAUAACUCCAUACCAUGAUUGUCUUACAUAUUCAUUAACUAUGAUAUUUGAACUUUUAUAAAGUAUUGUUUUCGAAAAAUUAAAAAAAAAACAUAAUUUGUUAAGAUAUUUUACAAAAUGGGUUUAUUUUCUAUUAAGAAAAGGGUGUUAAUUUGAUGCUAUUGGUGAAUCAAAAAUUGAAUAGAAAGUGGAGAAUUGAGUUGACACGAGGCUUUCCGAGAUGGUAUGUGCAUUUGUUGAGAGAAGGCCAUGUGUAAUUCAAUGAGAGAAGUUCAAAUGGUGGGAGAUUUUGGAGGGUCCCAUUAAGCCUUAAACAAUGUUACUUGUUGUGGCUGAGAUUUGUGAAAGAGCCACCAUCUGACAUAUAGGCUACUUUUUUAUUUGCUGUG